AUGGUAGACCUGGAGAAUGAGGUUCCUCCGCUUCCUCCGAGAUACAGGUUCCGGGAUUUGCUAUUGGGAGAUCAGGGAUGGCAGAACGACGAGAGAGUACAGAUUGAAUUCUACAUGAAUGACAAUACCUUUAAAGAGAGGCUGAAACUAUUUUUCAUCAAAAACCAAAGAUCAAGCCUGAGAAUCCGCUUAUUCAAUUUUUCACUCAAACUUUUAAGCUGCAUGUUAUAUAUAGUUCGGGUGCUCCUGGAUGAUCCAUAUCAGCAACAUGGAUGGUCACUUAUUAUUUGGGUGAAUCGAAGCUUACCUUUGUGGGGAUUACAGGUAUCAGUGGCUUUAAUAAGUCUGUUGGAAACUACACUACUGGGCUAUCUCAGUUACAAAGGAAACAUAUGGGAACAAGUAGUACGCAUUCCUUUCCUGCUGGAAAUCAUCAAUGCUAUUCCUUUCAUCAUUACGAUUUUCUGUCCUGCAUUAAGAAAUUUAUUUAUCCCAGUGUUUUUAAAUUGUUGGCUUGCUAAACAUGCUUUGGAGAACAUGAUUAACGAUCUUCAUAGAGCCAUCCAGCGUACACAGUCUGCAAUGUUUAAUCAAGUUCUGAUUUUAAUAUCUACAUUGCUGUGUCUUAUCUUUACAUGUAUUUGUGGAAUUCAACAUCUGGAACGAGCAGGAAACAAGCUGACUCUCUUUGACUCCCUCUAUUUCUGCAUAGUGACAUUUUCCACUGUAGGAUUUGGGGAUGUUACUCCCAAGAUCUGGCCUUCUAAAUUGCUGGUUGUAAUUAUGAUCUGUGUUGCCCUUGUAGUAUUACCAAUACAGUUUGAGCAACUGGCUUAUUUGUGGAUGGAAAGACAAAAAUCAGGUGGAAAUUAUAGCCGACAUAGAGCUCAGACAGAGAAACAUGUUGUUUUGUGUGUCAGUUCUCUUAAGAUUGACCUGCUUAUGGAUUUUCUAAAUGAAUUCUAUGCUCAUCCUAGGCUCCAGGACUACUAUGUGGUUAUAUUGUGUCCCACGGAGAUGGAUGUUCAGGUUCGAAGAGUGCUUCAAAUUCCCAUGUGGUCCCAAAGGGUUAUCUACUUGCAAGGUUCAGCACUGAAGGAUCAAGAUCUCCUGAGAGCUAAAAUGGAUAAUGCAGAAGCCUGUUUUAUUUUAAGCAGCCGUUGCGAAGUGGACAGAACUGCAGCGGACCAUCAAACCAUAUUAAGAGCUUGGGCAGUUAAAGAUUUUGCUCCCAAUUGUCCAUUGUACGUUCAGAUACUGAAGCCUGAAAAUAAGUUUCACAUUAAAUUUGCAGAUCAUGUUGUAUGUGAAGAGGAAUUCAAAUAUGCAAUGUUGGCUUUGAACUGUAUUUGCCCAGCUACAUCAACACUUAUCACUUUAUUAGUUCAUACUUCAAGAGGACAAGAGGGCCAACAGUCACCAGAACAGUGGCAGAAAAUGUAUGGGAGAUGCUCAGGGAAUGAAGUAUAUCACAUUAACUUGGAAGAGAGUGUGUUUUUUGCUGAAUAUGAAGGAAAGAGUUUUACAUACGCAUCUUUCCAUGCCCAUAAAAAGUUUGGUGUUUGUUUAAUCGGUGUUAGGAGGGAAGAUAACAAAAAUAUUUGGCUGAACCCAGGUCCCCGGUAUAUUAUGAGUGCUUCAGACAUAUGUUUUUAUAUUAACAUCACAAAAGAAGAAAAUUCUGCUUUUAAGCAACAAGAGCAGCAUCGGAAAAAUCACCCAACAAGGUUGUUUUAUCAUGGUCCUUCUCGGCUGCCAGUGCACAGCAUAAUUGCUAGUAUGGGUACCGUUGCUAUAGAUUUGCAGGAUACAGGCUGUAGAUCUCCAAACGCAGCUACAUUAACUCUUCCUUCAGAAGCACCUAAAACGGGCAGAAGGCCAAGCAUUGCACCUGUUCUGGAGGUUGCAGACACUUCGGCACUUCAUAGCUGUGAUAUCUUAAAUGAUCAAUCCGAAGAUGAAGCCACACCCUCUGAUGAAGAAGUGUUGAAUGGUCUGGAGUAUUUGAAAGGCUAUCCCCCUUAUUCACCUUACAUAGGAAGUUCUCCUACUUUCUGCCAUUUGCUCCAUGAAAAAGUGCCAUUUUGCUGCCUGAGAUUAGAUAAGGGAUGCCAGCAUAAUUACUAUGAAGAUGCCAAAGCUUAUGGAUUCAAAAACAGAAUCAUUAUAGUUGCUGCGGAGACUGCAGGAAAUGGACUCUACAACUUUAUUGUACCUCUCAGGGCUUAUUACAGACCAAAGAAAGAACUCAAUCCAAUUGUGUUGCUGCUGGAUAAUCCGCCAGAUAUGCAUUUUCUGGAUGCAAUCUGUUGGUUUCCAAUGGUUUACUACAUGGUGGGCUCUAUUGACAAUCUAGAUGAUUUGCUAAAAUGUGGUGUGACAUUUGCUGCCAAUAUGGUUGUGGUGGACAAGGAAAGCACAAUGAGUGCUGAAGAAGAAUACAUGGCAGAUGCUAAGACAAUUGUAAAUGUACAAACCCUCUUUAGGUUGUUCUCCAAUCUGAGCAUAAUUACUGAAUUAACUCAUCCUGCCAACAUGAGAUUCAUGCAGUUCAGGGCCAAAGACUGUUAUUCUCUUGCUCUAUCAAAAUUAGAAAAGAAAGAACGAGAGAAAGGUUCUAACCUGGCAUUCAUGUUUCGAUUGCCCUUUGCUGCUGGCAGAGUUUUCAGUAUCAGCAUGCUGGACACCUUGCUGUAUCAGUCAUUCGUUAAGGAUUACAUGAUCUCUAUCACUAGACUUCUGCUGGGACUAGAUACUACACCAGGAUCUGGAUUUCUCUGUUCUAUGAAAAUCACAGAAGAUGAUUUGUGGAUCAGAACAUAUGCCAGACUUUAUCAGAAGCUUUGUUCUUCAACUGGAGAUAUUCCUAUAGGAAUCUACAGGACCGAAUCACAGAAAUUAGUGACAUCUGAGUCUCAAAUCUCUAUCAGUGUGGAAGAGUGGGAGGACACCAAGGAUAGUAAAGAACAAUGUAACUACCGUAGCAACCACCGUAACUCAACAUCAAGUGAUCAGUCAGAUCAUCCUUUAUUAAGACGAAAAAGCAUGCAGUGGGCUCGGCGGCUAAGCAGAAAAGUACCAAAGCAUUCAGCAAAAACAGCAGAGAAAAUAAGUCAGCAGAGAAUGAAUCUUUACAGAAGGUCAGAAAGACAAGAACUAGCCGAACUGGUGAAAAACAGAAUGAAACAUCUGGGACUCUCAACAGCAGGAUAUGAUGAAAUGAAUGAUCAUCAAAACACCCUUUCAUAUAUUUUGAUCAAUCCUUCUCCAGACACCCGACUUGAGUUGAAUGAUGUUGUAUACUUGAUCCGCCCAGAUCCAUUGUCAUAUGUUCCCAAAAGUGCAUCUUGCCAGAAAAACAGCUUCUGCAAUGCCAUUGGGCAAGACAACAGAGAAGAAACACAAUUUUGA